UUCGGAUAAACAACACAAACAGAAUUAUAUCGAUAGUAAAAAAUUAAACGGUAGAGACAGACCGCAAACAGACGGACGGACGGCCGUUACAAGUGCAAAGCUAUUAAAGUUCGAUUUCAUGUUAUUUUUUCGGGUAUUUUUAUUCAAGUGUAGCAGCCAUUCAUCAUCAAACAUCGACACUCAACGUAAAUAGAAAAAACAAAAUCAUUCGAUUUGUUUUUUUUAAAUAAAUAACCAAUUUGUUGUUGCUGCUGCUGUUGUUCUUGAAACAAACAAACUGGAAAAAAAAAUAAUAAUAUGAAUAGUUUCAUAUUGGGAGUCAUUCAAGAGUUUUGAACAAAUAUAAUAGUUUGAAAAAAAAAAAAAAAAAAACAGUAAAAAUAUGAGCAACUAAAGCUGCAAAGAUUUAUGCGAAAUGUGUGUACUUUCGUUUUCUGCGCCAAUCAAUGUCGUCCGCAUAGCCGACACCGAAACCGUCACCAACGCCACCAACACCACCACCAACAUGGUUUUGGUGCGUUUUGUAUAGUUAUUAAAUAAUUGUCAAUUGUUCAUCCUAUCAAUCAUUUUGAUCAAAAAGUGAAAUUAAAAUCUCAUUUAUGACUUGAUUUUGAUUUGGUCGAAUUCAAUGGUCAAUCAAUUGUCCGAACACCUUUGCCACUCGCUGCUGUUCGAAGUAUUGCUGCUAACUCAUCUGUGUUAUUACUAAUUUGGCAAGCUGUGCGAACAGAUUGAUUUGAGAAAAAGCGCUUGUCCCCCCAAUCGCGGUGUUCGUUUACGCACUGGAAAUUUAAAACCAUUUUUUUCAAAUAUUCAAUAUUAAAUGCUAAUGAGUGUCAAAUCGUGAAAAUUCAAAAUUAAUAAAAACAACAAAUUGAAUAGUGAAUGCAAUUCAUGUAAAAACACAUAUACAAAUAUAUAUUUUUUUCAUCAUAUAAGCGAGCAUUUUGAAUUCGAUAAAAGAAAAAAUGGUAGAAAAAACAGAAUUGGCCAAAUUUGUGGGGAUAUCAGAUAUAACGGAUAAUAAGAAAAUAUGGCGUGUACUGUUUGGAGAAAUGAUUGGAACAUUCCUUCUGAUCGUUAUUGGUGUUGGAAGUUGUGUAGACUUUGAAGAUUGGUCUCCGUCCGUGCCACAAAUUGCUCUUACAUUCGGAUUGACGGUGGCUACAUUGGCACAGACAUUUGGUCAUGUCAGUGGAUGUCAUAUAAAUCCAGCCGUCACUGUCGGAUUCCUUGUUGUCGGUGAGAUAAGCCUAAUAAAAGGAUGUUUUUAUAUUGUCGUACAAUGUAUUGGAGCAAUUGCCGGUUCAGCGGUUCUUAGUAUUGCCAUUCCCCAGUCGGUAGCCGGUGUUGGUCUGGGAGUUUCCUCUAGUGCUCCCUCACUUAAUACCGCUCAAUGUAUAGUAAUAGAAGCCCUAAUAACAUCUAUACUGGUUUUGGUCGUAAAAGGCGUAUCCGACCCAAAACGUAGAGAUAUUAAAGGAUCGGCUCCAUUGGCGGUGGGAUUGUCUAUAACAGCGGGACAUUUGUGUGCGAUUAAAUUAACUGGCGCCAGCAUGAAUCCAGCCCGCUCAUUUGGUCCUGCUGUCGUCCAUGGCAUGUGGACAGAUCAUUGGGUGUACUGGGUAGGACCUAUAAUCGGAAGUUUAGUUGCAGCAUUUAUAUAUAGAAUAUUUUUCCAAGUACGCAAAGGAGAUGAUGAAGAUAACUCCUAUGACUUUUAAGUAUUAUAUAUUUUUUAUUUAUAAUAAAUACAUCUCAUUUAUGCACAUUUACAUAUCUGCACCACAUAUUUGUUAUAUUACAACCAAAUUUGUCAAAUAAA